CUUUUUGUUCUAGAAACUAACACCCAAUAACUCUUCUUGAUUUUACCUUCUAUAAUAUUCACCACUCUCUUAUCUCCUCAUCUCUUAUUUCUCUUCUCUCUGCUACUGUUGGAAGAGAGAAAGAGCACUGGGAAAGAAAAUAGAAGAUUAGGUGGUUAAAGAAACAAUGGCCGCCCUGCAUGCACCCUCGAGGCUUCAGGCCUCCAUGUCAACACCGCUACCUUCUCUUCUGGCUCCCAUUAGCAGCAAUGCUGGCCUGAGACCACCACCUGAUCGUUUUGCUUUGAAAUCCUCUUUCUUUUCUCCAUCACUUCAUCUCUUGCUUCCUUCUAAUCAGCACCGCCCUCUUGCUGCUGCUGCUCCGAGAUUCUCCAUGCGUGUUGCAUCCAAGCAAGCUUAUAUUUGUAGAGAUUGCGGGUAUAUCUACAAUGAAAGGACUCCCUUUGAGAAGCUGCCUGACAAGUAUUUCUGCCCUGUCUGUGGAGCUCCUAAAAGGAGAUUCAGGCAAUAUACGCCAACUGUGAACAAAAAUGAUAAUCAAACAGAUACUAGAAAAGCACGCAAGGCACAAAUUCAGAGAGAUGAGGCAAUUGGGCGAGCUUUGCCAAUUGCAAUUGUAGUUGGAGUCGUGGCUCUUGCUGGUUUAUAUUUCUACCUCAGUAGCAGCUUCCAAGGUUGACAGGGAGCAAAAUCCACUUAAAAGAGAUGCUAUCUUGUGAAUGCUUCAGUUCAUACAACAGAGCAAUUCUUGUAAUUUUAUUAUAUUUGGGUGGGAAACACCUUUUUUUUUUUUUUUUGGUCUUUGUUUCAAGAUUAAGAUAUCCAAUUUUCUUAUAAAAUUUUGUGAUAAUAAAAAUAUGCUCAACUUUCGUAUCAUCAA